GCCUGAUUGUACACUUUAAAAAAUGUUUCACUUAAAUUCAAACUUUGGCUAUGAUUUAAUACUAAUUCCUGAUGAUGCAAUUGUUGUAUUGAUGGCGGUGGUGGCGGUGACGUGAUCGCCUCAUUCAUUUCCGAAAAUCAUUUGGUACAAACUAUUUUUGCGUUUUGUUUUUGUUAUUUUUUUUUUUUUUUUUGGUAUCAAUCUUAACACUUUUGAACCGUAGCAAGAUGAAAAUUAUGAUAAUUUUAUCGAUAAAAUAAUAAACGAAAUCACUUUACAAAACUAAACUGCAUGAAAUCACUUUGUUGCCACAACAAACGAUGCGUUGGUCAAUUUUCUAUAGCACACAUUUGACGGUCGUGCAAAUCGCAAUAUUCCAUUCAUUUCAUCGGAUCAAUGGGAAAAAUACGAGCGCUGAAAUGUUUUCAACGUCAAAAUCACUAGUCGUUUUAUUGGCCACGGUCUUUUUGGACAUAAAUUCAAUCUAUUUUUGAUUGUUGACAGAAAUAUUUCGCGGAUUUUUUCUCUUCUUUUCUUGUUCGGUCGUCUUUUUCUCCUUCAGCGUGAUGCUUGCUGCAAUUGUUGUUUUCCUCAUUUGGCAAUUAUUUAUAGAUUUUGUGUCACUGCGACUGAUUUUGACACUUCGAUUCUAAUGUUUUUGUCACGGCCCUAUCGUCGAAAUUGCGGUAGCCACUUGAAGUAGAUGGGCAUUUUUGAGGAAUUUCCGAAUUUUUCGGUUAUAAAAAUUUUUUGGAAUUGAAAUUCACACAUUUUUCUUGCUAAUUUCUUGUUUUUCGAUCAAAAAUGGAGAAAAAUUUAAAAAAAAUACAACGAAAAAUGACCAAAUCUAUCAUCGAGCAGAACAUUCUUCGCCAAUAGGGACGCACGAUUCUGCAAAGCUAUCAGACAACUGUCGCGCACAAUGCGGAGAGUAAAAAUGAGAGAGCAGAGACUGAAUGAGUGUGUGCAUGUAUGGGAAAUGUCUCUCUUUAUCUCUCAUUUUUCGCUAUCGUGAGUCUAACCUUAAAAUAUUGCACAUAUCGGUGUUUCGGUGAAGACGAGUGUCGGCUGCAGUCGAAAUAUUCCAUGAUAACAAUUCAUCGUUCAUAUUAGUUUAGUUGUUUAAAUCGGUGUAACAGACAAUAGAAUUGCAUUAAUCGAAAAAUGUCACAGUUUGAUUCAGUAGUUGUGGAACGCCGGCUAAGGCCCAUCUAUGACUCGUUUGAAGUGGGCAAUAACAAGAAGGCGUUGCAUGAAACGGAAAAGGUGCUAAAAAAGACACCAAAUUUGCGAUGUGCUCGUGCAUUGAAAGGGUUAGCAUUGAUGCGACUGGGCAAGAAUGAAGAAAGCAACACGAUUAUCAACCAAAUUGUGGCGGAAAAACCCAGCGACGAUGCAACUAUGCAAGUUCUCUCAUACAUCUACAAAGAAAUGGAAGAAUUUGGCAAAAUCUGCGUGAUUUAUCAGAAUGCGGUUGAAAAAGACGGUACCAGUGAGGAGUUGCUAACACAAUUAUUCAUGUCCUAUGCACGGGUCAACGAGUUUGCAUCGCAGCAACGUGUAGCAAUGCAAUUAUUCAAAUUGAAACAAAAGAAUCCCUACUAUUGCUGGGCAGUCAUGAGUUGUUUACUGAAAGCCAUUCGUGGCGCCGACAAAAAUGAUGCAGCCAAACGGAAACUGUCACUCGAAUUGGCACAACGAAUGAUGGAAAAAUUAAUAAGCGACAAUAAACUGGAUGCUGAACAAGAGGCUCAACUCUAUCUCAUCAUUUUGGAUCAACAGGAAAAAUACGCCGAACAAUUGAAAUUCCUCGAUAAUCCCACCGGCAAGAAAAUUUACCCAGGUGCACCAAUCGAAAUGCGCAUCAAACUCAUGCGUAAUCUUAAGCAAUGGCCUGAAUUAAAUGUACUGCUGAAGGGACUUUUGAGAGCUGAACAUAUCGACCGAUGGGACUUCUACCAGGAUUAUAUUCAGACUGUUGUCGAACUGGUGAAGAACAAAACAGAGCCAGGAACUGAUAAUAAACAAGCAAUCGACACAUCAUUCGAGACUUGCCAUGAAUUUUUGUGUGAAUUGAUCGAAUCGAGUAACAAGAAAAACCGUGGACCAUAUUUAGCCCGUUUGGAAUUGUGUCGUGUAAUGAGCAAAAAUCAAUUUGAUGCCCACAAAUUGUUUGGUGAAUUCAUCGAAAUGCUCAUCGAUUAUUUCCGAAUUUUUGGCGAAAAACCAUGCUGUUCUAAGGACAUUGUACUAUUUUUGGAUGAUUUACGAGAAGAACAAAGGCCAGAGCUAGCAUCAAAAUUGAUUCAAUUAUGUAAUAUCAGUGCAACAACACUGCCGCAAACGAAAGAGCAAAUGCAGCGUCACAUUUGUUCGUUGCAAGUGUCACGUAUGUGUGGUGCACAUGCAUUAAGUGCUGAUCACUUAACGGCAUUGUACACAGCGUUCACGUUGCAUUAUGAGCAUGGAUUGAAUGCAUUUGGAAUUGAUAUGUUGCCAACCGAUAUGGGUCUAUCGGAUGCAUAUGCAUUGUUAGCUGUUCACGUGAUGUACGAUUUGGCGUUGCAGUUGAAGACAUCGGAUCAUUUGGUGGAGGCGUUAUGUUUACUAAAUUACUUGUUAAGCAAUAGUCCAAACAAUUUUCAUGCAAAAUUGUUGUGUUUGCAACUGUACCAUCGGAUUGGUUGUUGUUGGGGCGCGCAAAAAAUGUACGAAAGUCUAAAUUUAAAAUUUAUCCAAUUGGAUUCGAUGGGUUAUUUGCAUUGUGCCCGUUUGGCAACAUCGGGUAUGUUUGCCAUGGCACGUGCCGUGUACGAACCAACGCUAAAAUUCUUCACCAACAGCUACAAAGAAGGUCACGAGUACAUUUCGAUGUGUUACAAAUACGGUUCAUUCUCGAAGCUGCAGGAAUUCAUGGAUUUCCACGACAGUUUAACCUUCAGCUAUCACUUUUCACUCACGUCAAGCGAUGCUAUCAUUUCGGAAAUCGUUUGCUUGGGUGGUGCAAACACAACGCCCGAACAAAGCUUGAAUGCAUUCAAAUACAUGCAAAUCGAUUCGGACCGUGAGAAUGUGCAGUACGCAAAAUUGCGUGACAAUCGUGAUUUGUCGGUCAUUGUGCGAUGGGAUCCAAAUCAAAAGGAAACACAGAAACGUAUCAACGAACAAAGUUACCAACAAGAUUUGGACCUUUUGCGAAUUCGCAGCAAUUUAAUUCGAUUGAUUGCCAUUUGUAUUGAAACUGCCACGAAGGAAACAUAUGGAAAACACUCAAAAAACGAUGAAGGCUCGAUAGCAAAGAACAAAUGUGUUUUACUGGAAACGCAACUGAAAAAUUGGACGGAUUUAUUUAAAGAGAUUCGCACAGCUAACCAUUCAAUUACGUCAAAUGAAUAUCUAGUCAAUUUAUUGCCAUCACGAUUGCAUGGCCAACUUGAUAUGCCUUACGAAAGCAUCUUCUACAGCUUAGCCAAAUUGAUUUUGUCACUGGAAUUACGGCUCGUUGAACCAAUCGAUGACAUUUUCCGGGUGUUCAAUCAACAACUCAUUAAUGCCUGCAAAACCAUUUGCAAUGAAAUUGAAAGUUACAAUGCCAACGACGAUCGACUGUGGAAUCGACGCAUCGUUCAGGAAAUUAUCGCCAAUAGUAUUGAGAUUUUCGCUUUGGUGACCUUAGUAAUGUCGGUCGUCCACGAAAAAUACCUAGCAUCAUCAAGUCGACAAGUGAAGCGUAACAAGAAGAAAGCGUCAGUUGAAGAAUCGACUGGAAAUAACAUUUAUACACCAAAUGAUAAAGAGCGAGUGAACAUCAUCACAUCGCUUAUCAACCGGCUAAAGACCGAGCUCAACACCAUCGAUGCAGCCAUUGAAUCAUGGAAGGCUCCACGUUUGCCGCAAACCCUAACCGAAACAUUGGCCUCUCUGUCACUGAAUCCAAAAGUGGAAACUCUGGUCGACAGCACUAUAACCAAAAACCACGAGAUCACCGUCGACGAAAUUCGAACCAUUGUAAAAGACAAAUUGCGUUGCCUCAACUCACUGAGCAAAGUGAACGUAUGAGAUUGACCACACUACCAAAUUGUAUAUAUAAAAUUCGUCUUCUUCGCAUAAUGUUUUUUUUUCCUCUCCAUCAUUUCAUUUUAUUAUAAUAUAGUGAAAAAAAAGAGCAACAAAAAUACAAUUGAAAAGAAAAAACAAACGGUCAAUUUUCCGGCUGUUAACACCAAAAUCCCAUUGAUAUGUGUUCCCAAUGUGUUUUUUUUUGGUUACGAACCAUUUUAUUUAGAUAAGUUACAAACACUUUUUUUCAUGAAUCCAAAUUUAAAAAAAAAAAGAGAUAUUUUCAAAAACCAAA